AUGGCAGGUAUAGGUGACCCGAAGGGAUUCUAUGUUGGCGAUGUGGCCCAGCAAAAGCGAGGAAUUCUCGCACUCAGGUAUCCUGUCGAAAACGGGAUAGUUUGCAACUGGGAUGACAUGGAAGCGGUCUGGCAUCACACCUUUUUCAACGAAUUACGAGUCGACCCAGAAGAUCAUGGAGUUUUACUUACAGAUGCACCACUCAACCCAAAGGAAAAUCGCGAGAAAAUGGCAGAAGUGAUGUUUGAGAAAUUUGAAGUUAAAUGGCUUAAUGUUUCUUUACAAGCGGUUCUUUCACUUUACUCGACAGGUCGAACUACAGGCAUUAUUGCGGAUUCCGGUGCGGGAGUGACCCAUCUUGUACCGAUAUUUGAUGGAUAUGGUAUUGACCGUGCAGUUUCAAGAGUCAACCUUGCCGGACGAGAGCUUACUAUGUUUAUGCGAACACUGCUGAUGUCAGCUGGGCAUCGGCUUCAAACAUCUGCCGAGACAGAAAUUGUUCGAGACAUAAAGGAGAAACAUUGUUUUGUGGCGGAGAAUUACGAGGAAGCACUGAAAGAUCAAUCGCAUGAAAUGUAUCUGAUGCCAGAUGGGCAGGAGUUAAAAAUUGGACAAGAAAGAUUUAAGUGCACUGAGGCCCUCUUUCACCCUUCAAUGAUGGGUAAACAAUGCCCAGGCAUGCACCACCAGAUUUACACAUCGAUAAUGAAGACGGACAUUGAUGUCAGACGACAACUUUACGAAAAUAUAGUCCUCUCAGGAGGAUCCUCCAUGUUUUCAGGCUUACGAACUCGACUGACGAUUGAGCUUGAACAUCUGGUCCCUUCUUCUAUCAACAUCAAGAUCGACUCACCGAAGCACAGAAAGUUCUCCGUAUGGAUAGGCGGUUCGAUCCUGGCUUCACUCAGUGGAUUUACGGAUCAUGCGAAACUCACAGCCUCAGAAUACGCCGAAUAUGGUGCUAGUUUUAUCCACAGAAAAUGCAUAUGA